UAUUGUCGCAUCUUCCUCCUCCCUUGUCGGCAAAACGGUACCGCCUACGGAGGUGCUGGAAAUCUGCCCGCGGCUAUAACCUUUUCUGAGGAAAGCUUCACACCAGCCCUUCAUCCAUCGAGAAUGCCAGCCAUUAAGCUGCAGAGUUCAGAUGGAGAGAUAUUCGAGGUUGAUGUAGAAAUAGCAAAACAAUCCAUCACUAUAAAGACUAUGUUGGAAGAUCUGGGAAUGGAUGAUGAAGGUGAUGAUGAUCCAGUUCCUCUACCAAAUGUGAAUGCUGCAAUUCUGAAAAAGGUGAUCCAGUGGUGCACACAUCACCGGGAUGAUCCUCCACCACCAGAAGAUGAUGAAAACAAAGAGAAGAGAACUGAUGACAUACCUGUGUGGGAUCAAGAGUUUCUGAAAGUUGACCAGGGUACUCUCUUUGAAUUAAUUCUGGCAGCAAACUACCUUGAUAUCAAGGGACUACUAGAUGUAACUUGCAAAACUGUGGCCAACAUGAUAAAAGGAAAAACACCUGAAGAGAUUCGCAAAACUUUCAAUAUCAAGAAUGAUUUUACCGAGGAAGAAGAAGCACAGGUACGGAAGGAGAACCAGUGGUGUGAAGAGAAGUGACCCGUAGUAGGAAUCGUGCAACUCAGUGAAAAAGCUUUGUUUGCACCAUGUAUUAUAUCAUUAGCAGCCUGUGAUUCCUUUAAAUAUAGUGAUGAGAUAACCUUGCGUAAUAUUUGUAACUAGUGAUAAUUUGAGCUUGCAGUGUGCUCCAUGAAACCUAUUAGCGAGUAGCACAGUGACUAUUUAUUACUCCGCUCUGACCUCAUUGAUCAGUGGAAUGUAAGUUGUAUAAAACUGGCAGCAUGACAGCAAUUACUAUGUUAAUUUGUAUUUAAAAUUUACUCUUUCAAUGACUUUUUUCACGCUACCUUUUACAAAAAAUACCCAAAUGAUUUUUGAAUCAAUUUAUGGUUGCUGGUUAUGAACUUUUGCCCAUGUUUAUCACAGCGCAUGAAGUGCAUCCUCAGGAUUCAUGUCACACCAGUGAACUCUUGAUGUAUUCCAUUUGUAUCAAAGAUGAUUUAGGUUCCAUUCUUUUCCACACUUAUACAUAACCCACAGUUGGCAGAGAAAUGGAGAGGUGUGGUAGAACUGGUUUAAAAAUCAGUGUUGAAAGAAUUAAUGGAAUGUAAAGUUCUUACUGUGAUCUGUGAGCAUUUUUGGCCAACAAAACUCCAGAAAUUAGGGAAAUUUUACUGCUUCACUCUCUGAAUUUCUGAAUAUUAGUGUUGAACUGGCUUGUUCUUCUUGUGCUAUGGAGUAAAGUUGCUUUGUUUCUUUUGUUUUCAAGAAGAAACCUCAUGAAGUAAUGUAGUUUAUGUUUAAAAGGAGAGGAGUGCUUAAAAUGUCUUGUUGCCCAAAUGACUCUGGUAUUGCUCUUUUCUCCCAGGAAAAUGCUUUUGUGAUUAUGGGAGUAACAGCUAUGAAUUUCCAGAAUAUUUUUUCAGGGGGAGGUGUCCCAGCAAACAAAGACAAUGGUCAUACUAGAUUUAUUGAUGUAAUCAAUCCAGGUUCAUCUGUUGAUACAGUAAUAUCUUGAGGAAUGUUCACAUUACUUUUGCACGUGCUGUACAUAAAUAUUGAGCACAUGUAUAUAGAUAGAGUGCCUAAGACUUGCACAGUACUGUAUUUGUCAACAUGGAGCAGAGAUCAAAUUUGUAAAUCUGAUGGGACCAAAGGAUGUUGGGAAUAGCAAAUGUGGAGUGCCACAGGAGGGAUGUAGCAGAGGAGUGCCAGGGGUGAAGGGUGGUGUGAAUGCAGACCUACCCAGCCCUGAGAUACAGACUAGGUCAUUUGAUUCCAAACAAUUGGUUUAUUGAUCAUUGCAGAAUGCCUCUCUGCUGCUUCCUGCUCCCUCCACUCAUCCUUCCCCUUCCCCUUUUCCCAGCCAUGAUUCUCCUCUCUCUGCCCUCUUUCCACUCUCAGACCACAAUAGAGACCCAUAUCAGAAUAGGGUUUAUUAUCACUCACAUUUGUCAUGAAAUUUGUUUAUUUUUGCGGCAGCAGUAUAGUGCAAUUCAUAAAAUUCUGCAAUACUGUGCAAAAAUCUUGGGAACCGUAGCUAUAUAUGCCUAAAAUUUUGCACAGUUCUGUCUAGCUAAAGAAUGCCAAACUAGCAUUGUUCAAUUCUUUUAUUGCAAAGAAUGGAAGAAUUACAAUUCUGAAUGCAAUUCAGAAUCAGUAUGUGACCAAUGAAGAAUAAAUAUCAUAUCAACUAAACCUGAAGCCUUCAGAAACGUAAGAUUUUUAAAAAGGUAAUGGUGUGGAGUUGGGGUCCCUUUGAGGUGAUGUGUCUGAUAUACAGAUUUUACAUUGCAAACUUAAAAUAAUCGAAGUGCUAGAUUGGAACACUCCUUCAAAUGCAAUCACUUUUUUGGUCAUUAUUUAAGGGUGUUCUUUCAGUUUUCAGAUUUGAUAAUCAUCAAUUUAUCUUUAACUGUUAGCAGUUGUAGGCCUAAAUGCAAUGUGGGUCUUUAUUAAGUAUCUCUUGCUUGAAGCAGAGUUUGGUUUGUGUUAUCAACUUGAAUUGACAAAUUAGUGGCUAAUUUUCUAGCUGUCUUGUGUUGAAGCAAUGCUAUUGCUGGUGGCCACCAUUGUGUAAAUAUUGACCGUAUGAAUGCUUAAGAUUCUUGCACCUUUUCAUUAAAGUUAAUUCCACAA